AUUUCAACCAACCGCACUGGAGAAAAUGAUGUGAUCGCAAAUCUAGUCGUCGUACAGCUUAUCGUUACUCCGGGCCGGACCGUGUUGCUCGGAUUAUAUAUUUUGACUCUGCAUGUUCUUCAGCAACGUCACGAUAAAUUUAUUGAACCACAGCACUUAGAAAAGAAUCAGAGAAGGGUUGCAGAAUCUAAGACUGUUGUAUCCGAAGUCUCAGAAGUUAAUAUGGCAUUAAACGAACGAAUCGUCAUCGUCGGAGCUGGAGUCUUUGGCCUGUCCACGGCCCUAGAGCUCAGCAAACUUGGAUAUAAAGACAUUGUGGUGCUAGAUCGCCAUGUGCCUCCAGUCCCGGAUGGUUCAAGUGUCGAUAUUUCGCGGAUCAUCCGCUUUGAUUACUCAGAUCCCACGUACUUCAAGAUUGCCAAAGAAGCAUAUGAAAGCUGGUCUUCCGAGCCCCAAUAUAAGGGUAUCUUCUACUCCACGCCUUAUGCUGCUGUCGUCUCGGAGAACAACACCUACGGGCGCAAGUGGGUUGACAAAUGUGUCUCCCAUCUCACCGACCUGGGACUUGCUCACACCAAACUACCAAAUGCUAAGACGGCGAAAGAGAUAUUUCCCACUCUGACCGGCGAUCUACUACAGCCUGAUCUGGUCGGAUACAGCAACGCGGCUGCAGGCUGGGCUGAUGCUGCAAAGGGCGUGGCGCUCUUCCGCAAUCUCUGCAUCGAAAGGGGUAUCUCGUUCAUCAGCGGUGCCCAGGGAACUGUAACAGGACUUGAGAAGGACGCAUCGAGCGGCCGAAUAACUGCGGUCAAAACGAAGAGUGGGCACAAUGUCACUGGACAACAUUUCAUUCUCGCAACAGGCGCCUGGACCUCGUCGUUGGUGCCUAUGUACAAUUCCGCCCUCACCACCGGACAAGUUCUCGCAUUCACAAAACUCACACCCGAAGAAGUGAAGCGAUUGAAGGACUUACCGAUCUACAUCAACUUCGACUCCGGAUGGUUUUGCUUUCCCCCGCACGAAGAUACCGCGUACCUGAAGUGUGCAAUCCACGGCUGGGGAUACACAAGAACGGAGCCUAACGUCGGAGAGGCAUCUAAGUCUCUUUCGACGCCCCCUACGGCUCCGCGAAGUGCCCGUCCAAACUUUGCACCGGAAGAUGGAAUCAAGAGGCUGCGCGAUGGCCUCAGGGAGAUCUUGCCUGACAUCGCUGCACGUCCGUUCGACCGCACGGCUGUGUGCUGGUACACGGAUACGCCGACCGGGGAUUUCAUUUUCGACUUUCAUCCUGACCAUUCUAACCUAUUCCUUGCCACUGGUGGUAGUGGACAGUAAGUUCUCUCAUCGCUGUAACUGUUUGUCCGCGCGACUAACUCAUCACAGGCAUUCACAAAGACCUUGCCCGCGGAAUUGGCUCAGAAGUGGAGGUUCAGGGAAGAGUAUGCCAAGCAGGGCAAUCCUUUUGCGGGCGAUGGAAGUCGAGGUGGGCCGGAGCGAAGGGAAUUCAGUCCUGCAGAGAAGGCAAAAUUGUAGACUGUUUACGUACUUAUUAAUGAUUCACGGCUUCCAUUUACAUCGCACCGUAGUGCAUUAAAAACUCAAUCACACAAUAUGA